GCCCCGGCGUUCGUCGACCCGCACACGGCCGGCCACUUCACGAUCGCCGUCGCCGACGACGUGUUGCCGCUCGGCCACGCGCUGCUGACCAGAUUGGCCUUCGAGCUGAAGCUGCGCCUGAUCAACGGCGCGCGCCCGUCGCCUGCUGGCAGCGUCGAUGCGGCUGUGGUUGCCGUGUCCCAGCCGUCCAGGCCGUCCACGCCGCGGGAGUCCACGCCGUCCACGCCCGUGCCCCGCUCGUCGGCGUCGGUGGCAUCAUCGUCGGCCGUCGUGCCAUGCGGGACGUGCCGAUCGGGCCCCAUCGCCCCGCUCGCCGCGCGUCGCCGUGCCGCCAGGAACGAGCAGCGGCUCGCUCAGGCCCAGCGCACGGCGAGGGCGUUGCGGGCGCGGCUCGUGCGCCAGCACGCCGUGAUCAAGCGCCACGAGACGCGCAUCGCCGUCCUCGAGGGUGGCGUCGGUGAUCCGCUCGUCAUCUCGAAGACUGGUUCGCAGCAGUUGAGUUGGACCUCCACCAUUGCGAUGGGCGUGCGUCGGAACCUCUCCAACAUGGCUGCCGCCGAUUUUGGCGUAGUCACGCUGUUGGGCGUUUCGCGCCAGACCGUCUGCCGAUCCGAGCGCCUCGUCGGCUCGUGCAUCGUGGCGACCAGCCGCCAGUUCUUCAGUGAGUGGCGCCACGCCCUCGGAACGUUCCUGGCACGAUCGCCUGCGCCUCCAGCGCAGCACUCCAUCAUCAACGUCUACUCGUGGCGCAGCGACGCGACGAAUUCAGGAGUGUGGCAGCGCCAGAAGGUGUGCGCACUCGAGGCCGAGGCCUACGUGAUGCUGAACCCGCUCCCGCCAGACUCAACUCGCACCUGCCAGAUGUGCGACGCGUUCAGCUACAUCAAGCGGCUUUCGGACGUCCAGACCGUUACCGGCGGCUCUGGCGAGUGCACGUACCGCUUGAUCGUGAAGCAGCUGAAGGCGCUCGGAGUCCCUGUGUGGGACGAGCACGGCACGUCCGCCGCCUACGACUCCUGUCUGCAUUGGUACUUCACCACGUCCGACCAGGGGUCAGAUCAGGUCAGGGCCCGUCGCAUCAUCGCCAUCUUGACCGCGCCGAUGCCCAGCGUCAUUUUCAUGGGCCACAACUGCUGGGAGCACGUCGUCCACUUGAUCAUCGGCCAGGCGCUGAAGCUCGCAGAUCAGUUCUUGAAGGAAUGGGGCCGGUCGUGGCGGUACUACUCGACCGUCGCCAUAUGCGCCAACGUCUGGCGCGAGGCCGCGCGGCCCAUCUACUUGUGGUGGAUCACUGCGUGCGGCCCGAUGGAUGCCAAGGCCCGCGCGUCUACGCUGUGCCCCAAGGCCUGCUCAGCGCGAUGGGGUGCAGUCGAAUCAGUCGAAGAACGGCUUAGUGCCGUCGCCGGCGCGUUGCACGCCGCCUUCGCUGCCGCGUUGGCUGGGCGCGCCGCUGCCGAGGCCGCGCCUGUGGAGGGCGCCCCCGGAGAAGCAGCUGCCGCCGCUGUUGCAUUCGAGCCCGUGCUCGCUGCUGGCGUGGACGCGCGCCGCGCCGUCGGCUACCUCUCCACCGAUAGCGCCAAGGCUUGGUCUGCGAUGCUGGGCCGAUGGCGCAGGCAGGCCGUGACCUCGACCGCCGACCCUCUUUUCUGGGGCAUGGUCAAGUGCAGCUUGUGGAGCAGGUCCGCGACAACCCACGCGAGCUGCUUCUUGAAGGCUACUGGUCGGCAGCACAUCGCCGAGCUCGCUUGCGGCAAG